GACCCUGGCUGGGGACAGCCACCACAAAAUUCCAAAGUGAGAGGCACUUGGUAUACAGUCACCGACUCUAAGCUUGGAACUAUACAUAGCCCUCUGGUUCUGGGCCUGUCCUGUCAUGGACAUCAACUGGGAUCAGCCGAGAUGCCAGAAGUAACCAUGGAUUAAAAGCUAUGUUCCUACGAGAGACACAGACGCACGCUCGCCACAUUCCUUAAAUAUUUGCUCCAUACUCUCAUCAUAACCUCUGUCUUAUCUGGAUUAAUCCUUUUCUGGCUCACUUUGAUCUCCAUGCCCGAUGGGGCCCCUCCAAUGCUGAAUAAAUUGUGAAAUUGUGGUGUCAGGAUUAGAGAUAAAAGGGGAGAUGGAGACCGUGUAUCAUCAGCAUACUGAUCUCAGGGUGAAAAUGCCUUCACUUUUCUCCGAGUUAGCUCAUGCGAACUCGGAACAGGUGGGUGAUUACCAGCAGAUCCAGCAGCGGGGUGGAGCCAGGGCUCUCCCUUUGUGCCAUUCCCCUGGAGACAGCGGGAGGGGUUUCCCUCUAUAGGAACAGAGCCUGGAGUGGAGGUGCAAUAAAUACUGUAUUUAAUGCAACUCGAGCACCUAAUAGUUUGCCUGUUAGUCAUAUGGGUACCACGUUCCAUGUCUUUGAAACCAGACUCGUUUAUAUCCCCUCAGAUUUGGCCCCCAGGGCCCUGUAAAUAGGAUUGCAUUUUUACUGCCCUUUUACACUAUUAUUCUAUGAGCUUUCAUUCAAUGUUUUCUCCAUUGAAGCCCACUUGCCAUCAUCAUUUACCACCCUCUAGAUCAUCCCCUUGCAUUCUUUGAGGCUUUGGGCAUUUGGUUUGAAGAUUUCCUUUCCAUGUGGUUCCCUUAAUUUUUUGCUAUCCUUGGCGAUUCAAUACGGAAGCUGAAAUCUCAUCCGUGGAGGCUUGGAAUCUUUAUGAGACCUGCGGUGGCUUCUUUCUAAUUGACUACUGGAUUCUCGGUGCCCGCUCAUAGGAGACAUUCAAUAAAUAUUUGUUGAAUCAAUUAAGUAUCCAAACAUUUUGAUCUCUUUUAACAGCUGUCUUUUCCAUUUCUGAUAAUGCUUCCUUCUAAUUCACUAAGAAAUGUGAGAUUCAUCACACCUGAAUUCUGCUUUCUUCUUUACCAAAAGGAAGUACCUUCACCUGUUUUUCUGUUUAAUGAGGCUCCAUCUUCCUCUGCCCUGCAUGGGAUUCCUUUUCCUUCCUCUAGAUCUUUGCUUGGUCAAUCCUACCUCCACUCUCAUAUCUUCAGGAAUUUCCUUUUCCCUUUGUUGUCCUGGUCAAGUUAUAAAGUGCACAAAUCUCAACCAUCUUUAUUUUUUUUUUAAUUGACGUUCAGUUGAUUUACAGUGCUGUGCCAAUCUCUUGUGCAGUAAAGAGACUUGGUUUUACACAUAUAUACAAUGUGGGGAGAGAGCAAAUUAGCCAAGAUGACGGUGGUCAGGCCCUCUCGCCCCAGGCCUCUUGCCCCAAGUUAGGUAAAUACAUGGUUAUGUAACAGCUGAGACUGUUUAUAGCACUGCACAGGUGUAAUGUCCUCUAUAAGCACCACCUGAAAUGCUCUUAGGGGCAACUGGAAUUGAGUCCAGGCGAGUCAAGGUGUGUUGAGUCGAGUUGCCGUCCUUGCUGCUGCAUCAGCCAUUAGAGUCGGCUGCUUCACCAGCCCAGAAAGAAUAAAUACGUCUGCCAUUCCCAUGGCUCAAGUUUUCUUAAGCUUCCCCACUCGCACCUUACCUACCCUGGGUUCAGCAAACAGUGUGAACAGCGAGACAAUUGGUGGAGUCAUCAAAAUACAGCGAGACACACAGGCAGACCACUGAGGAUGGACCCCUGAGCCGACCCGGCCACAGCCAGGACUGAUGUGCCCCCGGAAGGAAUGAAGUAUGGAUGUGAAGGAACGGCGGCCCUACUGCUCGCUGACCAAGAACCGCCGGGAGAAGGAGCGGCGCUAUACGAACUCCUCGGCAGACAACGAGGAGUGCCGUGUUCCCACGCAGAAGUCUUAUAGCUCCAGCGAAACCCUGAAAGCCUUUGAUCACGAUUCCUCACGGCUGCUUUACGGAAACAGAGUAAAGGAUUUGGUUCACAGAGAAGCGGAUGAGUUCUCCAGACAAGGACAAAAUUUUACCCUAAGGCAGUUAGGCGUUUGUGAACCAGCAACUCGAAGAGGACUGGCAUUUUGUGCGGAAAUGGGGCUCCCCCACAGAGGUUACUCGAUCAGUGCAGGGUCAGACGCCGAUACUGAGAACGAAGCAGUGAUGUCCCCAGAGCAUGCCAUGAGACUGUGGGGCCGGGGGGUCAAGUCAGGCCGCAGCUCCUGCCUGUCAAGCCGGUCCAACUCAGCACUCACCCUGACAGAUACGGAGCAUGAAAACAAAUCCGACAGUGAAACCGAGCAACCUGCAAACAACCAAGGCCAGUCCACCCUACAGCCUUUGCCACCUUCCCAUAAGCAGCACUCCGCACAGCAUCAUCCAUCCAUCACUUCUCUCAAUAGGAACUCCCUGACCAAUAGAAGGAACCAGAGCCCGGCCCCGCCGGCUGCUUUGCCCGCCGAGCUGCAAACCACACCCGAGUCCGUCCAGCUGCAGGACAGCUGGGUCCUUGGCAGUAAUGUACCACUGGAAAGCAGUGGAAAGGACACUGCUGACUUGGGAGAGACGGCAUCCUGUCUGAGCCUAAAAGUGGACAGAUUCCUACCAAAUCUGAAACCAAAUGUUCUCUAUAGAAAGCAUUUCCUAUUCAAAACAGGAACAGGGACCACGCCACUGUUCAGCACUGCCACCCCAGGAUACACGAUGGCCUCUGGCUCUGUUUACUCGCCACCUACUCGGCCACUACCUAGAAACACCCUAUCAAGAAGUGCUUUUAAAUUCAAGAAGUCUUCAAAGUACUGUAGCUGGAAAUGUACCGCCCUGUGCGCUGUAGGGGUCUCAGUGCUCCUGGCAAUACUGCUGUCGUAUUUUAUAGCAAUGCAUCUCUUUGGCCUCAAUUGGCAGUUACAGCAGACCGAAAAUGACACAUUUGAGAAUGGAAAAGUGAAUUCUGAUACCAUGCCAACACACACUGUAUCGUUACCUUCUGGCGACAAUGGAAAAUUAGGUGGAUUUACACAGGAAAAUAAUACCAUAGAUUCUGGAGAACUUGAUAUUGGCCGAAGAGCAAUUCAAGAGGUUCCUCCUGGUAUCUUCUGGAGAUCACAACUCUUUAUAGAUCAGCCACAGUUUCUUAAAUUCAACAUCUCUCUUCAGAAAGAUGCCUUGAUUGGAGUAUAUGGCCGAAAAGGCUUACCACCCUCCCACACUCAGUAUGACUUUGUGGAGCUCCUAGAUGGCAGCAGGUUGAUCGCAAGAGAGCAGCGGAACCUGCUGGAGUCCGAAAGAGCUGGGCGGCAGGCAAGGUCCGUCAGUCUCCACGAGGCCGGCUUUAUCCAGUACUUGGAUUCCGGAAUCUGGCAUCUGGCUUUUUAUAAUGAUGGGAAGAAUGCAGAGCAGGUGUCCUUCAACACCAUAGUGAUAGAGUCUGUGGUGGAAUGUCCCAGAAAUUGCCAUGGAAAUGGAGAGUGCGUUUCUGGAACCUGCCAUUGUUUUCCAGGAUUUCUGGGUCCGGAUUGUUCAAGAGCAGCCUGUCCGGUGCUGUGUAGCGGCAACGGCCAGUACUCCAAGGGCCGUUGCCUGUGUUUCAGCGGCUGGAAGGGCACAGAAUGCGAUGUGCCCACGACGCAAUGCAUCGACCCGCAGUGCGGGGGCCGUGGGAUUUGCAUCAUGGGCUCUUGUGCUUGCAACUCCGGAUACAAAGGAGAAAAUUGCGAAGAAGCUGACUGUCUAGACCCUGGAUGUUCUAAUCACGGUGUGUGUAUCCAUGGGGAAUGUCACUGCAAUCCUGGAUGGGGUGGUAACAACUGUGAAAUUCUCAAGAGCAUGUGUCCAGACCAGUGCUCUGGCCAUGGAACGUAUCUUCAAGAAAGUGGCUCCUGUACUUGUGACCGUAAUUGGACUGGCCCAGACUGCUCCAACGAAAUCUGUUCCGUGGACUGUGGCUCACACGGUGUUUGCAUGGGGGGGUCCUGUCGCUGUGAAGAAGGCUGGACGGGCCCAGCCUGCAAUCAGAGAGCCUGCCACCCGCGUUGCGCCGAGCAUGGGACGUGCAAGGAUGGCAAGUGUGAAUGCAGCCAGGGCUGGAACGGAGAGCACUGCACCAUCGAGGGAUGCCCCGGUCUGUGCAACAGCAAUGGAAGGUGCACGCUGGACCAAAACGGCUGGCACUGUGUUUGCCAGCCUGGGUGGCGAGGAGCAGGAUGCGACGUAGCCAUGGAGACCCUCUGUACUGACAGCAAGGACAAUGAGGGAGAUGGACUCAUUGACUGCAUGGAUCCUGAUUGCUGUUUACAGAGUUCCUGCCAAAAUCAGCCUUACUGUCGGGGACUGCCCGACCCCCAAGAUAUCAUUAGCCAAAGCUUACAGUCACCAUCUCAGCAAGCUGCCAAAUCCUUCUACGACCGCAUCAGUUUUCUCAUAGGAUCUGAUAGCACCCAUGUCAUACCUGGAGAAAGUCCUUUCAAUAAGAGCCUAGCGUCCGUCAUCAGAGGCCAAGUGCUGACUGCUGAUGGAACUCCACUUAUUGGAGUGAAUGUCUCAUUUUUCCAUUACCCAGAGUACGGAUAUACUAUUACCCGCCAGGACGGAAUGUUUGACUUGGUGGCAAAUGGCGGAGCUUCUCUGACGUUGGUGUUUGAACGAUCCCCGUUCCUCACCCAGUAUCACACUGUGUGGAUCCCAUGGAAUGUCUUUUAUGUGAUGGAUACCCUCGUCAUGAAGAAAGAAGAAAACGACAUUCCCAGCUGUGAUCUGAGUGGCUUUGUGAGGCCCAAUCCUAUCAUCGUGUCCUCACCUUUAUCCACCUUUUUUAGAUCAUCUCCUGAAGACAGUCCCAUUAUUCCCGAGACACAGGUCCUCCACGAAGAAACCACAAUUCCGGGAACAGACUUGAAACUUUCCUACCUGAGUUCCAGGGCUGCCGGGUAUAAGUCAGUACUUAAGAUCACCAUGACCCAGUCUGUUAUCCCAUUUAAUUUAAUGAAGGUGCAUCUGAUGGUGGCUGUCGUAGGAAGACUCUUUCAAAAGUGGUUUCCUGCAUCACCGAACUUGGCCUAUACGUUUAUAUGGGAUAAAACAGAUGCAUAUAAUCAAAAGGUCUAUGGUCUGUCUGAAGCUGUUGUGUCAGUGGGAUAUGAAUAUGAGUCGUGUUUGGACCUGACUCUGUGGGAGAAGAGGACUGCCAUUUUGCAAGGCUACGAACUGGAUGCUUCCAAUAUGGGCGGUUGGACGUUAAAUAAGCAUCAUGUGUUGGAUGUUCAGAAUGGUAUCCUGUACAAGGGAAACGGGGAGAAUCAGUUUAUCUCCCAGCAGCCCCCCGUGGUGAGCAGUAUCAUGGGCAAUGGAAGAAGGCGCAGCAUCUCAUGCCCGAGCUGCAACGGUCAAGCCGAUGGUAAUAAACUCUUGGCCCCAGUGGCUUUGGCGUGUGGGAUCGAUGGCAGUCUGUACGUGGGGGAUUUCAACUAUGUUCGGCGGAUAUUCCCUUCUGGAAACGUAACAAGUGUUUUAGAACUAAGAAAUAAAGAUUUUAGACAUAGCAGCAACCCAGCUCACAGGUACUACCUUGCAACUGAUCCAGUCACGGGAGAUUUGUAUGUUUCUGACACUAACACCCGCAGGAUUUAUCGCCCAAAGUCACUUACGGGUGCAAAAGACUUGACUAAGAAUGCUGAAGUGGUGGCAGGAACAGGGGAGCAGUGCCUUCCUUUCGAUGAAGCCAGAUGUGGGGAUGGCGGAAAGGCUGUGGAAGCAACACUCAUGAGUCCCAAAGGAAUGGCAAUUGAUAAAAAUGGAUUAAUCUACUUUGUUGAUGGAACAAUGAUCCGAAAAGUUGAUCAGAAUGGAAUCAUAUCAACUGUCCUGGGCUCUAAUGAUCUGACCUCAGCCAGACCUUUAACCUGUGACAGUAGCAUGCACAUCAGCCAGGUACGCCUGGAAUGGCCCACUGACCUAGCCAUUAACCCAAUGGACAACUCCAUUUAUGUGCUGGAUAAUAAUGUCGUUUUACAGAUCACUGAGAACAGGCAGGUGCGCAUCGCCGCUGGGCGGCCCAUGCAUUGCCAGGUGCCGGGGGUGGAGUACUCCGCGGGCAAGCAUGCAGUGCAGACGACCCUGGAGUCCGCCACUGCCAUCGCUGUGUCCUACAGCGGGGUCCUGUACAUCACCGAAACCGACGAAAAGAAAAUCAACCGGAUUCGGCAAGUCACCACCGAUGGGGAGAUCUCCCUGGUCGCCGGGAUACCGUCAGAGUGCGACUGCAAAAACGAUGCCAACUGUGACUGCUACCAGAGCGGAGAUGGCUACGCCAAAGAUGCCAAGCUGAGCGCUCCGUCCUCCCUUGCCGCCUCCCCGGAUGGCACCCUGUACAUCGCAGACCUGGGGAACAUUCGGAUCCGGGCGGUGUCAAAGAACAAGCCUUUACUUAACUCGAUGAACUUCUACGAAGUUGCCUCUCCAACUGAUCAAGAACUCUACAUCUUUGACAUCAAUGGCACCCACCAGUAUACCGUCAGCUUAGUCACUGGUGAUUACCUGUACAACUUUAGCUACAGCAACGACAAUGAUAUCACCGCCGUGACCGACAGUAACGGCAACACCCUUAGGAUUAGACGGGACCCGAAUCGCAUGCCAGUCCGAGUGGUGUCCCCAGAUAACCAAGUCAUAUGGUUGACCAUAGGGACAAACGGAUGUUUGAAAAGCAUGACCGCUCAAGGACUAGAACUAGUUUUGUUUACUUACCAUGGCAACAGUGGCCUUUUGGCCACUAAAAGCGAUGAAACCGGAUGGACAACAUUUUUUGACUAUGACAGCGAAGGGCGUCUGACCAACGUGACAUUUCCAACCGGCGUGGUCACCAACCUUCAUGGAGACAUGGACAAGGCGAUCACAGUGGACAUUGAGUCGUCCAGCCGAGAAGAAGAUGUCAGCAUCACUUCAAAUCUGUCCUCCAUUGACUCGUUCUACACCAUGGUUCAAGAUCAGUUAAGGAACAGCUACCAAAUUGGUUAUGACGGCUCCCUUCGUAUCAUCUAUGCCAGUGGUCUGGACUCGCAUUACCAGACCGAGCCCCACGUUCUGGCCGGCACCGCUAACCCAACAGUUGCCAAAAGAAACAUGACUCUGCCUGGUGAAAAUGGUCAGAAUUUGGUGGAGUGGAGAUUCCGGAAGGAGCAGGCUCAAGGCAAAGUCAAUGUCUUCGGUCGAAAGCUCAGGGUUAAUGGCAGAAACCUCCUUUCAGUUGACUUUGAUCGAACAACAAAGACAGAGAAGAUCUAUGAUGACCACCGUAAAUUUCUCCUGAGGAUCGCCUAUGACACGUCAGGGCAUCCAACUCUCUGGCUGCCGAGUAGCAAGCUGAUGGCCGUCAAUGUCACCUAUUCGUCCACGGGUCAAAUUGCCAGCAUCCAGCGAGGAACCACCAGCGAGAAAGUCGAUUAUGACGGACAGGGGAGGAUUGUGUCCCGGGUUUUUGCUGACGGUAAAACCUGGAGUUACACGUACUUGGAAAAGUCCAUGGUGCUUCUGCUCCAUAGCCAGCGGCAGUACAUCUUUGAAUAUGAUAUGUGGGACCAGCUCUCUGCCAUCACCAUGCCCAGCGUGGCUCGCCACACCAUGCAGACCAUCCGCUCCAUCGGCUACUACCGCAACAUAUACAACCCCCCGGAGAGCAACGCCUCGGUCAUCACCGACUACAACGAGGAGGGGCUGCUUCUGCAGACGGCUUUCCUGGGGACCAGCAGGAGGGUCUUAUUCAAGUAUCGAAGGCAGACCAGGCUCUCAGAGAUCUUAUACGACAGUACGCGGGUCAGUUUCACCUACGAUGAGACGGCGGGAGUCCUCAAAACGGUAAACCUCCAGAGCGAUGGUUUCAUUUGCACCAUUAGAUACAGGCAGAUCGGCCCCCUGAUUGACAGGCAGAUCUUCCGCUUUAGCGAAGAUGGGAUGGUAAACGCGAGAUUCGACUACAGCUACGACAACAGUUUUCGAGUGACCAGCAUGCAGGGUGUCAUCAAUGAAACUCCCCUGCCCAUUGACCUCUAUCAGUUCGAUGACAUUUCGGGCAAAGUGGAGCAGUUUGGAAAAUUUGGCGUCAUCUAUUACGAUAUUAACCAGAUCAUUUCCACAGCUGUCAUGACUUACACGAAGCACUUUGAUGCCCACGGCCGCAUCAAGGAGAUUCAGUAUGAGAUAUUCAGGUCGCUCAUGUACUGGAUUACAAUUCAGUAUGACAACAUGGGUCGGGUAACCAAGAGAGAGAUUAAAAUAGGGCCCUUUGCCAACACCACCAAGUACGCUUACGAGUAUGACGUCGACGGACAGCUCCAGACGGUCUACCUGAAUGAAAAAAUCAUGUGGCGUUACAACUACGACCUGAAUGGGAAUCUCCAUUUACUGAACCCGAGUAGCAGCGCGCGGCUGACCCCGCUCCGCUACGACCUGCGAGACAGGAUCACCCGGCUGGGUGACGUCCAGUACCGGUUGGAUGAGGAUGGUUUCCUGCGCCAGAGAGGCACCGAGAUCUUCGAGUACAGCUCCAAGGGGCUUCUGACCCGAGUCUACAGUAAAGGCAGCGGCUGGACGGUGAUCUAUCGUUACGAUGGCCUGGGGAGGCGCGUGUCCAGCAAGACCAGUCUGGGACAGCACCUGCAGUUUUUCUAUGCGGACCUCACUUACCCCACCAGAAUUACUCACGUCUACAACCACUCGAGUUCGGAGAUCACCUCCCUCUAUUACGAUCUCCAAGGACAUCUCUUUGCCAUGGAAAUCAGCAGCGGGGAUGAAUUCUACAUCGCGUCGGACAACACAGGGACACCACUGGCUGUUUUCAGUAGCAACGGGCUUAUGCUCAAGCAGAUUCAGUACACCGCCUAUGGUGAGAUCUAUUUUGACUCCAAUAUUGACUUCCAGCUGGUAAUUGGAUUUCACGGUGGCUUGUAUGACCCACUCACAAAAUUAAUCCAUUUUGGAGAAAGGGAUUAUGACAUUUUGGCAGGACGGUGGACAACACCUGACAUAGAAAUCUGGAAAAGAAUUGGGAAGGACCCAGCUCCCUUUAACCUGUAUAUGUUUAGGAAUAACAACCCAGCAAGCAAAAUCCACGAUGUGAAAGACUACAUCACAGAUGUUAACAGCUGGCUGGUGACCUUUGGCUUCCAUCUGCACAAUGCUAUUCCUGGAUUCCCUGUCCCCAAAUUUGAUUUAACGGAGCCUUCUUAUGAACUCGUGAAGAGUCAGCAGUGGGAUGAUACACCGCCCAUUUUUGGAGUCCAGCAGCAAGUGGCGAGGCAGGCCAAGGCCUUCCUGUCCCUGGGGAAGAUGGCCGAGGUGCAGGUGAGCAGGCGCAAAGGCAGCGGCGCGCCGUCGUGGCUGUGGUUCGCCACGGUCAAGUCACUGAUCGGCAAGGGCGUCAUGCUGGCCGUGAGCCAGGGCCGCGUGCAGACCAAUGUACUGAACAUCGCCAACGAGGACUGCAUCAAGGUGGCGGCCGUGCUCAACAACGCCUUCUACCUGGAAAACCUGCACUUCACCAUCGAGGGCAAGGACACGCACUACUUCAUCAAGACCAGCACGCCGGAGAGCGACCUGGGCACUCUGCGGCUGACCAGCGGCCGCAAGGCGCUGGAGAAUGGCAUCAACGUGACCGUGUCGCAGUCCACCACUGUGGUCAACGGCAGGACUCGCAGGUUCGCCGACGUGGAGAUGCAGUUCGGCGCGCUGGCGCUGCACGUGCGCUACGGCAUGACCCUGGACGAGGAGAAGGCGCGCAUCCUGGAGCAGGCGCGGCAGCGCGCGCUCGCCCGGGCCUGGGCGCGCGAGCAGCAGCGCGUGCGCGACGGCGAGGAGGGCGCGCGCCUCUGGACGGAGGGCGAGAAGCGGCAGCUGCUGAGCGCCGGCAAGGUGCAGGGCUACGACGGGUACUACGUACUCUCGGUGGAGCAGUACCCCGAGCUGGCCGACAGUGCCAACAACAUCCAGUUCCUCCGCCAGAGCGAGAUCGGCAAGAGGUAACCCCCGGGCCGGCGGCAGGGAGGCGCGCACCGCCGCCACCACCCCUGCGGGGACCCGAGCCGGUGGGGUGCCGCUUGCCCCUCCAGCCCCAGCACCCCCACCCCCCUGCUCAGAUCUGUCUGUAGCACAAUCCUAGGGGGACUCUCCGGCACCGAAGAGCCUUCCGGGAGAACCAGACUGCUAUUUUAAAAAAUCCACACAAAAAAAAAAAAAAAAGAAAAGAAAAGACUUCCUUCUGAAUGACCUUAAAAGGUGAUCGGCUUUAAAGAAUAUGUUUACAUAUGCAUAUCGCUGCACUCAGUUGGACUGAAAGUAUUCCAAGGAAAAACGGAUCAUUAAAGAAAGCGGCCCAAACCUUUUGCUUCUGGGCCAUCUUGUUCUCUGAGGCACUGUAUCUGAUGAAGGUAGAAAGGCAUACAGUGUUUCCAGGUGUUACCGUUGUCGACCUUUGCUUACAAGAAGUAGUCUCUCUGCAUAGGAUGUGAUAUAUAUCUGUUAAUUUUAAAAUGUGGGGCAAAGUUACUGUUUCUAGACAACCCAACUGCUUUCCCUGUGCUGGUUUGUAAAAGGACAUUGGCACACGUGACUUCUGCUGCCAGGGCGGGGAUUUCUAAGGAAUUUUACAAUGCUCAUGUGGUUUGCCUUGGGGGGAAGAAAACUGGCAAAUAGAAUCCUUGUCACUGAUAAGCAAAGGAAACCCUGAUUUUUUUUGUAAAUUAUGUGAGACAAGUUGUUUAUGGAUUUUUAUAUGAAUUACAAUUUACUGUACAUCAGAUAUUAGUCUCAGAGGAGUUAAUUUAUGUAAAGUGUUUAAAAAGUUUAUACUUAAAAAAUAAAACGAUAAAAACA